AUGUCUAAUUUUUGUGGCUCCAACGAUUCUGCGGCGUCGCCGGUAGAGAAAGAUUCCGGCGAUUCUUUAAGAAUUCCUCUGGGAUAUCGAUUCUAUCCCACAGACGAAGAGCUCAUAAAUCACUUCUUAAGGAUAAAGAUUGCGGAUCCUAGCUUCUUCACAACAGACAUAGAAGAGGCAGAUUUGAACAGGGUGGAACCCGGUGUUGAGAGAAAACGAUUUUUCUUCUGCCGGAGGGAUAUGAUUAUGAAGUACGCCACGGGAUUCUGGAAAUCCACCGGAGAAGACAGAGAGAUUUUCAAGGGGAAAACCCUAAUUGGGAUGAAGAGAAGUCUGAUUUUUUACCGAGGGAGUGAAAGGACAGACUGGGUAAUGCAUGAAUACAGAUUGGAGGGCGACAAUCUUCCUCAAAACGCUAAUGAAUGGGUGAUCGGUGAAGUCUUUCUGGAAAAUAAAACAUAUAUUCCCCCUUACGACCUACAAACUCAUAAAAGGAAGGCCAACAAUAAUGGUGGAGUGAGGCAGCUCAAGCCAAAACUAACAACUCAUAAUUAUACAACAAUGGAAGACGGAGCGUGUGUUGAAGUCAGGUUCAACAAUGAUACUGUGAUGUUCCAGCUUCCUUUUGCGACUGUGGAUUGCUUGAAGGCAGAAAUCCUAAAGAGAUUCAAGACGUUCGAAUCUCGCAAAUAUUUUAUACAGUACAAAGAUGAAGACGAACUUACCAUCACAAUAUUUUCUGAUCCUGAGUUGGAUUAUUGCUUGAAAUUUUUCAAGUCCACAGGAACAACACCAGUCCCAUUGUUUCUUCAAUUGAGGGAAUCCGUCCUGUGCCAACAUUGUCUCUUCAAUUGA